CCGUCCGCUGGAGAAGAGAGGGUCAGUUAUUGGUGACUACAUGCAGCAGAGAGAUGCAGCCACUAGGCAAGUGACCUCUGCCAGUGAAGGGAGCGACAGUUUUGUGGACCGACGGGCAGAGUCGUCGGAUACCAGAGCAACAGCCAAUGAGAGGGCAGCGAUUGCUGAUGGAUGUUCAGACAGUGGAGAGUCCCUGUCUCCCACAGGCCCCUGUGUGUCGAGUCCGCAGCGGGUGUUCAAGGUGGUGUUCCUUGGGAACUCAGGCGUGGGCAAAAGCUCGUUCAUCCAUCACUACUGCCAGGGCAACUUCCCCAAUAACCUCAGCUCCACCGUGGGUAUAGAUUUCCAGGUGAGGAGCGUGCAGCUGGAAUCCUCCUCCAUUGCCCUUCAGUUGUGGGACACUGCAGGGCAGGAGAGGUUCCACAGUAUCACUCAGCAGUAUUACCGCAAGGCGGACGGAAUCCUGGCCGUCUAUGACAUCACAAGCGCUCCGUCCCUGCACUCUCUCACGGGAUGGCUGGACCAGGUGCAGGAAAGGGUGGCAGAGGGUGCUGUGUUACUGUUGCUUGGGAAUAAAUCAGACAUGGCAGAGCGGGAAGUGCCUCAGAUGGAGGGCCAGAAAGUAGCAGAGCGUUACCAGGCAGAGUUCUUUGAGUGCAGUGCCAAAAGUGGACACAACAUGGUGGAAUCCAUGACACGGCUGGCCAGGUUGCUAGCUCAGCAGCAGGACAGGCAGUGUGACAGUGCCCUUCUGCUGGACAGCCAGUCCACCCCUAGAGGGCGCUGCUGUAAAUGACAUGGAGGCGGGUUGGUGAGAGAGGCCAGUCGUACAGUUGGACAUGGGAUGUGUCGACACACGGCACAGAGGGAAGCAGUUUUCAGAGCAGAUCAGAGGUCAAUGCAGAAUCAGAUCUCCAGCAACUCAAAGAAAUGUAGCAAAUGUUGAACUAUUGUAUGUUAUUUGUUGGUUGAUGUACAGGUGAUGUCCAUGUUUUAAUGCAUUUUUCAGGCUAUAUGGUUAUAUGUUUAUAUAUACUGUAUAUAUAUAUAUAUACAUAUACAAAAAGCCCUAAAUUGAGUUUGUUUUUAUCAAGUCACUUGUAUUCUACUAUUAUUUUGUUACAAUGUUAUCUAAUAUAUUUAAAUAAUACAAGUGUUUUUAAGUCAGGUGCUCCUUCCUGGGAGAGAAAGUGUGUGAUCGGGUAAAAUGGGCCGCCUGUUCAAGUAACGUGGGCCAGCAACGUCUGUGCAUAGCUCAUCAUCUUCUUGCUUCCCCCCCGUUCUGUGAUUGGUCCCCUA